AUGGCACCCGCCAACCUCGUCGCGUCCUCGUCGAGCGAGUCAGGCUCAGACUCGGAGGACGCCUUCAGCUUCAAGGUCAACGAGCAGUUUGCCGAAAAGUACGAGCAGAAGAAGCGGGGCGAGGAGCUUUCCAAGCUCCAGGACAAGUACGGCAAGGAUUACCAGCUGCCCGAGGACGAUGACGAGUCGACCGACUACUCGACGGACGACGAGGCUGCAGAGCUCGUCACGCCCGAAGUCGACGCCGCCAUCCUCCGCACCCUGGCCAAGAUUCGAGCGAGGGACCCGUCCGUGUACGAGCAGGGUCGCGAGGUGUUUGAAGAGGAAGAGCGCCAAACCGCUGCCGCCCGCUCAAACGCAUCUUCCUCGCGCACCAAGUCCUCCUCCUCCAAGCCCGUCCUCCUGAAAGACUUCCAGCGCGCCCGCCUCCUCGCCAACCCGGAAGGGGACGACUCGCUCGACGCGCCUUCAUCGCUCGCUCAGCCUACUCCCGCCGAAGAAGCCCGUCUCUUGCAGCAAGAGACGAAGGCGGCUUUCUUGGGCUCUGAUGCGGACGGUAGUGACGACGAGGAUGAGGAUGGGUUCUUGAGGAAGCGUGAGAAGGGCGAGGAUGAGCGUGCGAAGGAGGAAAAGGAGUACGAGAAGUUCCUUGAGACGGCCGUUGGCAAGAAGGCUGUUAAGGAGGCGCUCGGCGAGGAGGAGGCAUUUUUGCGGGACUACAUCCUGAACCGCGGCUGGAUCGACCGGGAGAACGAGUCGCACAUCCCUUCGUACGACGAAAUCGUUGGCGAUGACGACGGUGAGGACAAGCCGAAGAAGAAGCGCAAGACCAAGUCCGCCUUGCUCGAUGACGACGGCCACAUUCUCGACCCGAGUCUGCACGACGAUGUUGACGACGAUUUUGAGGAGAAGGCGGAAGAGUUCGAGCACCGCUACAACUUCCGAUUCGAGGAGAAUGGCGGCGCGGACAUCGUCACGCACUCUCGUUCCGUCGGCGCCAACUCCGUCCGCAAGCCCACGGCCGCCGUCUCCGCCCGCGCCCGGGCCCGCGAAGCCGCCAAAGAGCGCAAAGAGCAGGAGAAGUUGCAGCGCAGGGAGGAGUUGAACCGGUUGAAGGCGCUCAAGCGCAAGGAGAUUGAGAGCAAGUUGCAGCAGUUGGUGGAGGCUGCGGGUCAGGGGACGAAGGGUUUGGAGGACAUUGAUUUGGAUGGAGAAUGGGAUGAGGCGAAGCAUGAGGAGGCGAUGAGGAAGGUUUACGGGGACGACUACGACAACAUGGAGGACGCCAACUUCAAGCCGACGUGGGACGACGACAUCGACAUCACCGACAUCGUCGGACCGGAUGCAUCGGGCGACGAGGACAUGCCUAUUGCCUCGACGUCCGCCCUGCCUGCGGAAUACGACGAAGAGAUGGAGGAGUUGGAAGAGGCGCCGCGCAAAAAGAACAAGAAGGACAAGAAGGGCAAGGGGAAGAAGGGCGAGAAGCGCGACGAAGACGGCCUGCCGACCAACCUCAUCGAGACUGUCAAGGCGUCGGGCGACUCGACCAAGGCGGAGGAGGCGGACCGCAUCAUCGACGAGUACUACGCGCUCGACUACGAGGACAAGAUCGGCGACAUCAAGACUCGGUUCAAGUACGCCAAGGUUCCCGCGCAGUCGUUCAACCUCACGCCCGAGGAGAUCCUCCUCGCGACCGACGCCGAGCUCAACGCCUUCAUGUCGCUCAAGAAGAUGGCGCCGUACAGGCAGGACUCGGCGUCGUGGCAGGCGAAGCAGGCACAGAAGCAGCGCAAGAAGCUCAAGGAGCUGCGCGAGGUGCUCCGGACGCGCAAGUGGGGCGAGGAGGUUGACGAGGAGCAGGCCAAGAUCCAGCUCGAGAAGCGCAAGGAGAAGAAGCGGCGAUACAAGGAGCGCAAGGAGGCGCGCGAGGCGGGCGAAGGCGGCGCUGGGGAUGGCUCGCGCGGCGCGGACGGCGAACCACCGAAGAAGAAGAAGCGUGCGGGCAAGUCGGAGCGGAAACGGCUCAAGGCGGAGGCGGGAACUGGCGGAGGAGGAGGAGCGGAGGAGUAA